UCGUCACUGCUCGAUCGCUUCCCCCCCCCGUCCCACUCUCCUCCGGACUACUAUAUCUUCCUGAUAUAUCCCUGGUUUCACAGCCCCCUCUCUCCUCUUAUCACUACUAUCGCUAGUCGGCUCUUUCCAAUACAACUUCCAACCUCCCUUCGAUCCAAGCGCCGACUAGAUCUACAAGCGGACUGAGCACCUUUAGCUUCGUCACCCAUCUCUGCUCCUCCGAGCCACCGAUGCGGUGGUGUGCUUGAUUGCCUAUUUGAUUGUGUGGUACCUCUUCUAUACUCACGCACACACCAUCCUCAGUCCUCGACUGCAUCGCCCAUUCGCCAUGGCUACCAAUGCCUCGGUCGUCUUCGACCUUCCGCCUCUACCGGCAUAUACUCUGACUCCUCGUUCUCCGCUUCUCGCUCCCAUCCCAGACAACCUUCUCGCCCUCAUGCUUCCCAUCAUUGCCUACUGGGCUCUAUCUAUGGUCUAUCACUACAUCGAUGUCAACGACUAUUUCCCACAAUACCGUCUCCACACGCCCGCUGAAGUUCUGAAGCGGAACCAUGUCACGCGCUGGGAGGUGGUAAGGGACGUCAUUCUUCAACAGAUAAUCCAGACAAUGGCCGGGAUGGCAGUCGCCUACUUCGAUGACCCGGAGUAUCUGGGCAAGGAUGAAUACAACGUUGCGGUCUGGGCUCGUCGACUCCGCCUUGUGCAGAGGGCUCUUCCUCAGUUGUUUGCUCUGGUUGGAAUAGACGCCUUGGGUCUAGGCAAGAACCUGUCGCAGAAUGGCUGGUCUAUGCUUGGAGGAGUUAUAGCUGGCGGGCGCUACCCUGGAUCUACUCAGUCCCUGAUCUUAGACAACGGAGCAGAAGCUGUGGUUCCUGCUUUUACCAACUGGGAGCUAUCAAUGGCUAGUGUCAUUUACUGGUAUCUCAUCCCUACCAUGCAAUUUGUCUGGGCCGUGUGUUUUGUCGAUACUUGGCAAUACUUCCUGCAUCGCGCGAUGCACAUGAACCGCUGGCUCUAUGUGACUUUUCACUCCCGUCAUCAUCGCUUGUAUGUCCCGUAUGCAUUUGGUGCUCUCUACAACCACCCGGUCGAAGGCUUUCUUCUGGACACGGCCGGGACUGGAGUUGCCUUCCUGACGGCCUGCAUGAGCAAUCGCCAAGGCAUGUGGUUUUUCACCUUCUCCACCAUUAAGACGGUUGAUGAUCACUGCGGCUACGCUUUCCCCUGGGACCCAUUGCAGCAUUUUACUUCCAACAAUGCGGCCUACCACGAUAUUCACCACCAGAGCUGGGGUAUCAAAACCAACUUCUCGCAGCCUUUCUUUACCAUCUGGGAUCGUCUAUUCAGCACCCAGUGGAAGGGUGAUGUCAAGCUCCGCUAUGAGCGAUCCCGCGAAGCUGCGCAGAAGAAGGUCGACAACGAGGCUGCUGGUAUUGCGAACGAAAGCAGUGAUACGACCUCUUCUGGAACCACUACUCCUACGCUCGCCCGAACCCAAGACGAAUCAACGUCACGUCCUCGACGCAGAAAGACUGUUACCCUCUCCCCCCACGUUGAUGGGUUCAAGGGGGUGAGUCACGGGGUUGCCAGCAGCGUUCUUUGAACCAACCAAGGCGGUCCUCGCCCUUUUGCCUUCACCUACAAUUCGUUUGUAACUAUUUUCUUGCUAAUAUUCCACCACUCAUCGGGGGUCUAUG